GCUGUGUCUCCUAAACGGAAUUGGCUAGCGGUGCUGCAUGAUGUGACAAGACUCUCUUGGCACUUGCUAUAGGAAAGCCUGUGGAAGCCUCACUCAUUCUCAAAAAGACACCCACAAACAUUCUAAGAAAUGGGUCGUAACCAUGUGGCGACCGUUUUGGCCGUUCUGGUAGCUAUAAGCAAAGUUUCCGCUUCGGUAUUCGAUUUCCUUGUGCAAUCCCACAACUACGAUGGGAUUGCCAGGGUGCAGGUACUCGCGUCAGAAAAGACCGUGCUGGCAGCCCCUCUUGCCGUUGUAUUUAUCACGACUGACGCGCAAGCGUCGCACGAAUCGGAAAUGCUUGCUCGAAUUCUCUCAACACGCACUAACUCAGCCAUUGUUUACCGUGCAUCUACCGAUACCGUGAAAGAUUCUCUUAAUGGUCAGGUAUUAAUCUUUCGUGGAGGUCGUCGUUAUGUUUACCAUGGCUUACGCGAAGCUCUCUACAUCAUGAAAUUCAUCUCGAAUUUGGAAAACGCAAACCUCAAAAUAAUCGCUGGAAAAAUGGAUAAGACCGCAUUCGAUCACACACGAGGCACAAAGCUCGUCGGAUACUUCGCGUCCAGAGCCAGUCCAGAUAUGCAAGCGUUCGAACAAGCUGCAUCACUCUUUGGCAAUCAGAUUUCGUUCUACACAACCACAGAUCCCACCGUCGCAAAACACCUCAAGCUGAAUACGACUGGUCAGAUUUACCUUAUCCGUGACUUCGAUAAGCAUCCGGUCGUGUGCCCUGUUAAUCCUGCUACCCUAGCCGAUAUCCAGCAGUUAAUCGUCUUUAACAGGGACUCCCUAAUAAAGGUGACUCCACUAAACGUGCUUGAUCCUUCCCUAGCGGCCUCUUCAGCGAUCCUCCUGAUCACGGAUUCUAGCCCGUUCUCAUUCUAUCUCCUCAAGCUAAUUGUACGAAGCCAACGGCAGAUCGCUCUGAUGGGUACAGUAGCAACUUCGCAGGACGCGAAAGCAUCCACCGCUACUAUCACAAACAAUCGAGUUCUGUGGGUAGAUACAAAUGACUUCCCCACGUUCGAUGCUGUUUCACACCCUAUACAUGGUCUCGCCAAGACUCCCGGUUUGGGGUUCUGGAACUCAACUACGCAGACAAUCCAAUGGAUGAACCUACUUAUUUUAAAUAGUGCCCCUAUGGAUAAGAUCGCAGAAGAGGCCAAUCUUUUGCUUGUCAACGCAUUCCUAAAUGCCCACCCAACGACAAAGCCUUCAUUUACUGUACCGGCUACACCUGCCGCGGAAGUUAAAACCGAGCUUUAGAACAACAAAAGCCGGAUAUGGACAAAACAUAGAUAAUUUUGCAUACUGCCAACUGAAAUAGAAUACGCAAUAAAUAGGCUCUUUUAUUCCUGAACAAGAAUCGUUGUACUAAAAUGGCAGGUACGUGCCAUAUAAAUUCGAUGCCGAAAAAUUCACUAUUUUCGACGAUUGACUGACCGCAGAUCUAAUUUAAGUGCUUUUUAAAGAUUAUUCACGACAUAUUAUCAACCUGUUAGUACGUUUAGUAAGUUAAACAUUCAAAUAGCCUAUUUUUUAGUUCAUAACAGCGAAGACUUGCCCAGACGAACCACAAUAACAAUUCCGAAUUAACUUCCGUAAAAAAUGCAACAAUCUUUAAUUUGGUCAUUUUGAUUGUGUAUAUACACGCGUAUAAAUUCGGAGGUGUAAAAGUUAAUCUAUCGAUUAAAGAAUACGCCUGUUUUAUCUUCA